AUGUCUUCUGUCCCACCAAAGCGCUUGGCUCCACUCUCUUUUCCAACAUCUAGAUUCAAGGUCAUCGACCAUUCGAAACUGUUUCAGGAAGAAACUCUUCCUGGGUACAAAGCAGAGCUAUACUACCCAGUGCACAUCGGAGAGGUUUUCAACAAUAGGUACCAGGUGAUGGGCAAAUUAGGCUUUGGCGUUACAUCUACUGUAUGGCUCGCUCGCGAUCUGGUGGAGCCUGAUGACCCAGGGUAUGUAGCACUGAAAGUAUAUGUAAAUGACUUAUUCAGGGGUAACGAAAUCGCAAUUUAUGAACGUAUAAAAGCUGCCACUGCCAAACAAAAUCACCUUGGGCAUGAAACUAUCCGCAAGUGCCUCUCUUCCUUCGAGAUACAAGGGCCACAGGGAAAAAAGCAUACCUGCAUUGUCCAUGAGGCUUUGGGAAUGACUAUGGAGCAUAUUCUCCUCAAUUAUGUCCCUGAUAGAGCAUUCAGGAUUGAAGAGAUAAAAAUGUUUAUUCUCGAGAUUCUCAUUGGUCUGGACUUCCUUCAUACCGAGGCAAGAAUAAUUCAUACUGAUCUCCAGCUCAAGAACCUUCUUCUUCCAGUGGGGAACCCUUAUUUCUUUGAGGAAUUUGUAGAGGGCGAAUGCAAUGACCCUGCCGAACGAAAAAUCCUCAAGGACCGGAUCAUAUAUAACACAAGACACUUGUCACAGGACCUCAAGGGACUGCCGCGCAUCUGCGACUUUGGUGAAGCCAGGGCUCCUGAGGUUGUUAUGCGGAUGGCGUGGAAUAAUAAGGUUGAUAUCUGGAGUGUCGCGAUGGUGGCAUGGGAUUUACUUGCAAAACGUACCCUUUUUCACCGCCAGAAUCCUGAAACUGAAGAACCUGAUGAUAGAUACCUUCUCGCGGAAAUGACAGCUGUAUUGGGCCCGCCGCCUCCUGAAUUUGUAAGGCGAAGUCGAGUGUGUCAAGUGUUCUGGGAUGAAAACGGUACUGAACAAAUUCCCCACUCAAGCAAUCUCCUUACUGAUCUUGGUCCUUCUGCUUUAGGCAAAUGGAAAGACGCGGUCCCAAUUCCUGACCUCACCCUCGAAAAACUUGCUGCAGGUAUCAAGGGUAAAGAUAAAGAGGGAUUCUUGCAUUUUCUUCGUAGGAUUCUUCGCUGGCUUCCUGAAGACCGGCCAACAACUGAAGAGCUUGUGAAUGAUCCAUGGUUAGGUGUAGGCCCUAAUAUCCAUGGUACUCCUGAUGAGCAGCCACAGACUCAAGAUAAGAACAAAGAGCGGGUAGAGGAAGCGCUCCCACCAAGUUGA